GUGGUCGAAGAAAAUCCAAGAGACGUCCGCGCCUAAUCCCUUCAAAAGUCGGCCAAAUGCGAAGAAAUUUCGGAAAAAUCGAGGAAAAUGUCGCGCUACAGCCGCUCCGACCCCGAAAUGCUCGACUAUGAUAAACCGAGUGUUUGCUCAAGUUUCUUGCAUUAUACAUGGAAAACAAUUACGUGCCUUCUCUCACAUAUAACUUUAGUUUCAAUGGUGGUUUCUUAUUGUGUCUUGGGCGCUUUCACGUUCGAAGCCUUGGAAGUGCACCAUGAAAAGGACAUAAAGCGCAACAUCAGCAAACUGCGCUUUAACAUGACGGACCACUUAUGGAAUCUAACGAAUAGAUUAGACGUCCUACGGGAAGAUAAAUUCAAAGCGGGCGCCGAAACCUACCUGAAAGAAUUCGAGGGUGCCAUACUUAAGGCAAUGACAAAAGACGGCUGGGACGGAGACGAGGACGAGAACAUAGUUCAAUGGACGAGUACUGGCGCCCUUUUUUAUUCGAUAAUAGUGAUAACGACUAUCGGUUACGGUCACAUUUCCCCAAAGACCCAAUGGGGAAAAGUAGUGACUAUAUUCUACGCCAUCCUGGGAAUCCCUCUGAUGCUUCUUUGUCUCUCGAACAUCGGCGACAUCAUGGCCACAUCCUUCAGAUUUUUGUACUGGAGAGUGUGCUGCUACUUAUGCACGAAGAGACCGAAGAGGAAACGCUCGAAACGUGGCAGCGCUCGCAUGACUCCUGAAGGUCGCUUCUCGAGGUCGAGAAACGCCUCGUUUCGGAGGUCGAUGAGGACAUCCACAAGGUCCGCAGAUAGCGGGUUUGGGAGGUCGGAGAUCGGACACUAUUCGCAUUCCGACACUGAACUGAGAUACCAUGAAGAAGCUCGUGACCACAUCCCCCGUGGGUCCAGCCUUCCCCGAAUGCGCCCAUCGCAGGUCUCCCGUUUUUCGGACUCCAGCGUCCCACCACCAAGACGUAAAAGCCCCAGUGUCAACCGCCAAUCAACCAAUAGCAAGACCGGGUCUCUCGACCGCCGCAGAAGCCAAAAAAGCAUGGAAAUCAUCGAGCUGGAUCCUAUAAUUUUGGCCAAAACCCCAAUCCUGUGCAACAAAUACGUGGUCGAUAAAAAUGAAAUCGCUUCAAAUAAUAUUCCGGGAAUUACCACCAGAGACAUGGAAGGGCAAGGGCGGAGUCCACCUUUAGACCGACGAGCUAAAUCUUUACCCAGGAACCAACAGUACUUGGAACCUCCACGGGUGCCAUCGCCUUCGUCUUCGUCAGAUGGGUCCAGGAAGAGUCCCCGAGCGAAAAGAAAGAAGUCGCCUCCCCGCCAAAACCCCAGCCCGAAGAUGAUGACACCCCUUGGCUACGGUCAUCGCAGCAAGUACCUCGAUGAUCCAGAUUCAGAAGAGGAAGAAUUUUACGAAGAUGAAGACGAGUACUACGAAAUUGUGAGGACGAGAAUUCGACCGGUACCCAUCUGGUUGUGUGUUUUUCUCGUCGUGAGUUACAUAGUAGCCGGAGCUUUUCUCUUCAAGUCUUGGGAAAACUGGGACUUGUUGGAUGCCGCCUACUUUUGCUUUAUUACCUUGACGACUAUCGGGUUUGGAGAUCUCGUCCCUGCCAAAGGGGUUAGUUACGACAACCUGAAUGAUGGGAUCAAUGAUAACGAAGAUGUAAACAGAGCGACUAUUAGUAUUGCCUUGUGUUCCUUGUAUUUGCUUUUCGGGAUUGCUCUUUUGGCGAUGAGCUUCAACCUGGUCCAGGAAGAAGUCAUAGCGAAGGUGAAAAAGGUGGCGAAGACUUUGGGGAUUAUUAAGAAAGAUGAAGAGGAUUCGGAGGACGAGGGUUGAUGUUGUAGGGUAGUUUUAAGUAAAAGUGUAAAAUUCAAAUUAAUAAAUUUAUUUAUGGGA